AUGACGACCGCCGCCAUCUCUAUGUCGCUCAAUCACCACCACCAUCUCGACGCCCGUUCAGGUUAUCCCGGCAACAACAACACCAGUCGCAACUUCAACCAGAAGCUCGCCUCCGACGCGUUCCUGCCCUCUGCUGCAUUUGAUCACUUCACCUCACCGCCGCUCAACAGCAAUCGCUACACCGCCGCCAACACCAACAGCAACGUCGCAUCGUUCCUUUCACCUCUACCGAGCGGGUUCCCUCCUUCCGCCCUCCCGAACAAUCAGAGCAAUCUGCCACACUCGCCGUCGGGCAGUUUGCCAAAAGCAUCCAAUCAACAAUAUCGAAACCAAAGCGUACCGGCUGUUCAUGGUCGUGCCGGUCUACCGCCGUACCAUUAUAGUUCUCCUGACGUCAGCAGCGCUGGGUCACUCUACAGGUCCAUCUCUGCAGAUGCGACUUCGCAACCCGCACACCUGCCGUACGCGCACAGCAACAACAACCAGCUCGUCCAGCGUCUGGCGCAGCAAAACUCCCUCAUUCGCGAAGCCUGGGAAGCCGAACGAAACUACCUCGAGGCCAAUCGCCGACGCGCAGAGGAAGUGUACCAGGAAGAGCGUGUCAUCAUGGAGGAGGUCCGCGAGGGAUGGGAGAAUGAAAAAGCGACAAUGCUGCGGGAAAAUCAACUGCUGAAAGAACGUAUCCAGCGCCUCGAGGGCGAGAAUCAGACACUGAGGAGCGUGGCCGCGCAGACCGUGCAGGCUACCGGCGUCAUGUCACCGCUGGCCAGUCAACGCGGGAGCAGUGUCGAUACAUCGGUCGAAUCUGGCCCGAUCGGACACCCACUAUCCCAGCAUCACUCACAUCAAAGCCAGCAGCCUACCGUCGACCCUCUCUCGCUGCCCCCUGGUCUCGACGGUGCGGCUCGGCGACCUCAUCACUUCAGUCCCAAUGGCGGUCAUUCGAGGACUUCGCCUACAGGUCAGCCCGAGUUGUCGCCGUUUAUUCCUCUCGACCCUCGAAUGCAACCACAGUCUAGCACGGCCAGAGACUUUCUGCACAAGGAUACGAUUCCAGAGGAGAACGAGAAUGUGCCCACAAUCGAUAUCCAUGAAGUUGAUCCCAAGCUUGAAGGCAUCUCGCUCAGAGCCACUGCAUUGCAGCGUACCACAUUCGGCGAGUCCAACAAAGGUUCGCCAGCGACGUCACCUCCUGUGACUGGGGAUGCAGCCCAGACCGAACGUCCUGGUAUUGCGAAGCGGUUGUCCUCAAAAGAUCAAACGAUCCAGGUCUUGCGAGCCGGCGAGACACGGCGGCUUACGAUGCACGCCGGUCACACGCCGAACCACUCGCUUUCGCUCUUCCCAACAAUGAGUGUCGCCGGCACAGAGGCUGCUGGCACGCAGGAGGGAGGCACCGCACCCUCCUCGGGUGUGCCGUCACCAGCGCCCGAACCUGAGCAUGUCGAGAAACCUGAUGAAACGGCAGUCGCUGCUGUGGUGGAGCCUCCGGUCGACACGCAGCCUUCCAAUGAGCUCGACGCUCCUGACGAUGAGAACGAUGAGCUGCUGGAGGCGGCUGAGGACAAGCGCCUGAAAGGCCCACUCAUGGUGAAGAACAUCCCUGCGCAGGACGAAAUCUUCUGGGACCGAGUGAACAAAAAGCUUGAGCCCAUCAGCCAAGGCCUUGAUGCGCUACCCACCGUCAUGCGUGCCUGCCAAGAUGUUGUCGAGGAAUCCGGCGUAGCAUACGGUCAGCCGUCGCAUCGGCGAGGUGUCGCCCAUGUCGACGCUGACGCCUCCACGCUUGACGAUCCCGAAUCCAGUAGUGAGAAGGUUAUUGAAGGCGAUGUCCCUCUGAAGCUCAAAACAACCACCAACUUUGGCGCACCUUUCGGAAUGGCGUAG